UAGAUUUUAUAAAAGCCUUAGAUUCAACCGAAUUUCACACCAGAAUAACCACCAAGAUGUUCAAAGCUAGUACCGUAGUCGUUUGCCUCUGCUUGGCCGUUGCAACCGCAAAUCCGCUGCAACCAGAAGGCCAUAUUGCCGGUGGUAUCGCUGCUGAAGAAGGACAGUUCCCCUACCAGGUUUCGCUCCGUAGUGGCGCGAACAACGUUCACUUCUGUGGUGGCGCUGUCCUCAACAACCGCUGGAUCAUUACUGCCGGAUCAUGUGCGCAAGGUAAGGUCGCUGCUGAAAUUACCGUCGUUGCGGGAACCAAUAGUCUGAGCCGGGGCGGUUCGCUUCAUCAGGUUGAUCGCAUUGUUGUUCACACCAACUUCAAUGUCCAGACUCUGGUUAACGAUGUUGCCGUUAUGCGAGUCCGCACGCCAUUCAUCUUGAGCCAGAGCAUCGUUGCUGUGCAGAUGGCCAGCGAGUAUGUCUCCCUGGCCUACGGAGCUCUGGUAUCCGGAUGGGGACGAGUUUCGAUGGAUAACCCCAACUUCCCGGACUGGCUGCAGUACAUCCCUGUGACCAUCAUCACCAACACUGAGUGUCGUGUGCGUUUCGAAUCUCCUUACGAUGAGCGCAUCACCGAUAACACGAUCUGUUCGUCGGCCGCGGUCGGUCGAGGUGCCUGUCUGGGGGAUGCCGGUGGUCCACUACUGCACGGAGGAGAACUGCAGGGCAUCGUUUCGUGGGGAAUUCCUUGCGGUCUGGGUCAUCCUGAUGUGCACGCCCGUAUUUCCGUCCACAGGCCAUGGGUUCUGGUUCAUACUAUGGUUUAAGAUACAUGUUUAGGACGAUGAAAAGCAAGUCGAAAAUAAAAAAGUGCAAGUGCACC